UUGGCUCAGGGCAGGAUGGCUGCAAAUUCGGCUUCCACACCAUCAGGUCUGAGCAGAAGUGACAACUGCACGGAUCUGCUAGUGCCUGGAAUCCCCUCCGUGACCAAGGCCUGGGGACUAUGGGCCCUCUUAGGGGUUGUGACGCUGCUGCUUCUCAUCUCACUGGCUGUGCACUUAUUCCAGUGGACUAGUGGCUGGAGCAGGAGCCAUCCGGGACAGGGACGGCCUGGAGAGUCUGCGGAAGAGGUCCCUCUGUACGGGAACCUGCAUUAUCUGCAGACAGGACGGCUGUCUCAAGAACCGGGGCCAGACCAACAGGAUCCAACACCUGGAGGCCCUGCCAGGGCUGCAGAGGAGGUGAUGUGCUAUACCAGCCUGCAGCUGCGGCCUCCUCAGGGCCGGAUCCCCAGCCCUGGAAGCCCCAUCAAGUACUCGGAGGUGGUGCUGGACCCUGAGCCAAAGCCCCAGGCCUCGAGCCCCGAGCCGGAGCUCUACGCCUCAGUGUGUGCCCAGACCCGCAGAGCCCGGGCUUCCUUUCCAGACCAGGCCUACGCCAACAGCCAGCCUGCACCCAGCUGAGACAGAGGGCCUGGCACAGUGGGGCAUACAACUCCCCCGCCUCCUCUGUUGCCGGGGUUACUGCUACCCUGUCUGGGGCAUGACUGUUUCCCAACCACCCCCUGAAGACAGGCAGCCAUUGCUCAGUCACAGGAGUUAUGCUCCCCGAACUUCCUAUCUGAGCUGUGAGGGAGACAUCUCAGAGGAAUGGCAGG